UCUGAAAUCCAAUCCCCUCGGCUCUUCCUUCGCAAGCUAGUUUUGGACUGUGGAGCUGUUCAGGCAGAUGCAUUGACAGUGGAUCGCCUUGCCUCAUUGGAGAAGUAUUCAGAAACAGCAGUGAAACCUCGGGAUUCUAUUUUAGCAACGGAAGUAGAGUGGCUGAACUCCAUCAAAGCUGACUUAGUGGUUUCAGAUGUUGUUCCAGUUGCAUGCCGUGCAGCAGCUGAUGCUGGAAUUCGUUCUGUCUGUGUUACGAACUUCAGCUGGGACUUCAUUUAUGCAGAGUAUGUAAUGGCUGCUGGACGACAUCAUCGUUCAAUUGUUUGGCAGGUGAAAUAAUGAUGUUCCUCUGAUCCUGGUUAAUGUUUUCUGAUAAAGGAUAACUUUUUAGUUUCUGAACUAGUUUGGCUUUAGUUUUGGUGGGGGAAUUGUAGUUCUUGAAUAUUUCAUGAAGAUCAGAAGAUCAUUAAAAUAGGAGAGCAAGAUUCCAGCUUUCCUAUCAAUCCAUGUCUUUUACAGUUCAAUAUUCCCUUCCAUUCCCUUCCUUUCAAUGUAUGAGAGCAUUCAUGCAUGUAAAGUUUGAAGUUGAUAUUGUCCAGAAAAAAGUUUGAGUGUAAGAUCUCUGUAGCAAUUUUAGGCUCUUAUAAUUGGCUUCUUUCAUUGUUGGUGAGAAGUGUUAAAUCAGUCUUGAGGUAAUGAUGUUCAUCGUUUCACUUUAACUGGAUACAGAUCAAGUUUUGUCCUCUGUUGUGGGCUAUAUAGUCACUGAUUUAUAUCCAUGAUAAAUGUUCUUGAUCUUUUAAAUAUUGAUGCAGAUAGCAGAGGAUUAUUCGCAUUGUGAGUUUCUUAUUCGUCUUCCAGGAUAUUGUCCAAUGCCUGCUUUCCGUGAUGUUAUUGAUGCACCUUUAGUUGUGAGGAGGGUGCAUAAACCACGCAAAGAGGUGAGGAAAGAACUUGGAAUUGGGGAAGAUGUGAAGCUAGUCAUUCUCAAUUUUGGUGGACAGCCUGCUGGAUGGAACUUGAAAGAGGAGUACUUACCCUCUGGUUGGCUGUGCCUGGUGUGUGGCGCUUCUGAUAGGCAUGAGCUUCCACCAAAUUUCAUAAAACUGCCAAAAGAUACAUAUACACCUGAUCUUAUUGCAGCAUCUGACUGUAUGCUUGGAAAAAUUGGAUAUGGCACUGUCAGCGAAGCCCUGGCAUACAAGUUGCCUUUUGUCUUUGUGCGAAGAGAUUACUUCAAUGAAGAACCCUUCUUAAGAAAUAUGCUUGAGUAUUUUCAAGGUGGUGUUGAGAUGAUUCGGAGGGAUUUACUCACUGGUCACUGGAAACCUUAUCUUGAACGUGCAAUGAGUUUGAAACCUUGCUAUGAGGGUGGCAUAAAUGGUGGCGAGUUUGCAGCUCAUGUCCUGCAGGAGACAGCAAUCGGUAGAAACUAUACUUCAGAUAAGUUGAGUGGCGCAAGAAGGUUACGUGAUGCAAUAGUUCUUGGUUAUCAAUUACAAAGGGUCCCUGGAAGGGAUAUCAGCAUCCCUGAAUGGUAUGCAACUGCAGAAAAUGAAUUGGGUCGAAGUGCUGGAUCACCAACUGCUCAGAUGAGUGAAAGUAACUUGCAAAUGACUUCAUGGACCAAAGACUUUGAAAUUCUUCAUGGAGAUCUUCAAGGCCUUUCAGAUACAAUGGCUUUCCUCAAGAGCUUGGCAGACCUUGACGCUGUUUAUGAUUCUGGAAAGAAUGCUGAAAAGCGUCAAAUGCGUGAACAUAAGGCUGCAGCUGGACUGUUUAAUUGGGAGGAAGAUAUAUUUGUGGCCAGAGCACCUGGAAGGUUGGAUGUCAUGGGAGGCAUUGCUGACUACUCAGGAAGCCUGGUAUUGCAGAUGCCUAUAAGGGAAGCUUGUCAUGUGGCUGUGCAAAGGAAUCAUCCAAGUAAACAUAGGCUCUGGAAACAUGCAAUUGCACGACAGAAUGCCAAAGGACAAGGACCAAUGCCUGUUCUGCAAAUAGUAUCAUAUGGCUCAGAGUUGAGUAAUCGUGGUCCAACAUUUGACAUGGAUUUAUCAGAUUUUAUGGAUGGAGGGAAGCCAAUUUCAUAUGAGAAGGCAAAGGAAUACUUUUCCCGAGAUCCAUCCCAAAAGUGGGCAGCAUAUGUUGCUGGGACAAUUUUGGUUUUGAUGACAGAACUAGGCAUCCAUUUUGAGCAGAGUAUCAGUAUGCUGGUUUCUUCUGCAGUCCCAGAAGGCAAAGGUGUAUCUUCAUCUGCUUCUGUGGAGGUUGCUAGCAUGUCUGCUAUAGCAGCAGCUCAUGGAUUAAGCAUCAGCCCGAGAGAUCUUGCUCUGCUAUGCCAAAAGGUGGAGAACCACAUAGUUGGAGCGCCUUGUGGUGUAAUGGACCAGAUGGCUUCAGCAUGUGGUGAGGCUAACAAACUUCUUGCAAUGGUGUGCCAGCCUGCUGAGAUAGUUGGACUAGUAGAAAUUCCUAGCCAUAUCCGAGUUUGGGGAAUUGAUUCAGGAAUACGACACAGUGUCGGCGGCGCAGACUAUGGAUCUGUCAGAGUAGGGGCCUUUAUGGGGAGGAAGAUGAUAAAGUCUAUAGCAUCUAAUAUGUUGUCUCAAUCAUUGUCCUGUGCUAAUGGCACAACUCCUGAUGAAUUGGAAGACACUGGGAUAGAAUUACUUGAAUCUGAAGCUUCAUUGGAUUAUUUGUGUAAUUUGUCACCUCACAGAUAUGAAGCCCUAUAUGCCAAGCCACUUCCUGAAACCAUGCUCGGUGAGGCAUUUUUGGAUAAACAUGCUGAUCAUGGUGAUUCAGUUACAGUGAUUGAUCCCAAGCGAACAUAUGGAGUGACAGCACCUGCUAAACAUCCUAUAUACGAAAAUUUCAGGGUUAAGGCCUUUAAGGCACUGCUGACUUCUGCAGCCUCUGAUGAACAACUUUCAGCACUUGGAGAACUAUUGUAUCAGUGCCACUACAGCUACAGUGCUUGUGGACUAGGCUCCGAUGGGACAGAUCGACUUGUACGGUUGGUACAGGAAAUGCAGCACGGUAAAUCAUAUAGAGAUGAAGAUGGUACUUUAUAUGGAGCCAAAAUCACUGGUGGUGGAUCUGGUGGAACAGUGUGUGUAAUUGGCAGGAACUCACUGAGAAGCAGCCAACACAUAUUUGAGAUUCAGCAAAGAUACAAAGCCGCAACAGGCUAUUUGCCAUUCCUUUUUGAGGGUUCGUCCCCAGGAGCUGGAAACUUUGGAUACCUAAGAAUUCGUCGACGAACGACUCUCAAAUCUUAAUAUACUGGUCGGAAGCAUUAAAGAGGUGCAUCGACGGGGUUUACGCAUUAUGUAUGAAAUUUAUGGGGUAUAUUUAUAAUCCUUUUCUUCAAGGUUUUAGGCUGAAUAAACCACCAAGACACAUAUUUCAUCAAUUAAUAAAAUUUAUCAUUCCUAUUUCAUAACGUG